CCAUAGUGGCCAUAGUGGCCAUAGUGGCCAUGGGGCAAUCUCAUGGUGGCGUUGGCGUCCGGAAGCGACGCAUCAGCCUCACGAGUCGCCAAAGUCUUACAAGCAACGAGAGUGAAUGGACUGAACACAGCCACAAGGAUGUUGACGACGGCUCCUCCUCCGAUGAGGAUGAUGACAUCGAUCCCCACAAGGAUCUUGCGUACGAUGACAUGAUCCUGUUGGUCAUGACUCCCAAUCUGUUCUCGCUGCCUCAGCAAGAGCGUGUCGUGAAGAAUGUGAAGCUUGGAGACAACGUCGAGGCGAUCGGGAGAAACACGGUGCUCUUGCACGUGUAUGAUCUUGAUGAACGCUGGGAAGGCCCCAACAAUAUGAUCGUGUGUCCCAUCGACGAGUUUACGAUUGGUGGCGCCUUUCAUUCGGGCGUCGAAGUCUUCGGCAACGAAUGGUCGUAUGGCAAGCGUGGCGUUACCUGCCAGCCGCCACGCACGGCAGAAGACCAUGUCUAUCGCUGCAGCAUUCCUCUGGGCAACACUGACAAAUCCAUCGAAGAGGUUGCGGUGUUGCUGCAGGAGCUCUGCAGAGAGUGGAAGGGCAGCGACUAUGACCUUUUCGCCCACAACUGCUGUUCCUUUGCAGGGGAGUUCUGCCGUCGGCUUGGCGUUGGGGACCAGUUUCCCAGUUGGAUCGAUCGAUUCGCUCGGCUGUUGGCAAAUGCCUCACAUGGACUUGAUCAUGUUGGAACCCAGGUUCGGAGCGCAUUUGGUUCUGUGGAGAAGGGACUUGGUCAGCUCUCGAUUUUCGUCUCCUCGCUGGUGGUGGAUGAUGUGGCUGAGGAGGAGGAAGACAUCGAAGUCAUCUAUGGCGACAUGGACGACAUGGACAACAUGAAGGAGGGCACCUACAUCCAGGUUAGUCGCACGGAGAUCAAGAUGACUGUAAGCCACCGCUGGCUGCCCCGCAACGCGCGACGCGUGGCGCCGAAGUUGGCGCUUGUGGAGAGGAUGGCGAUCCAACAGGCGGAUCACUUUCAGCCAGGUUCCAACGUGGAAUACUGGAGUUCCCGCGGCUGGAUCCCAACCCAGGUGAAGCGCUACGAUAAGGUGACUGGCCUGUAUGACCUCGAGUGCAAACCACAAGUCCAUCGAACAAAUGUGCGGCCCGCAUGCGAGCCGCAGAAAUAUGCGAUCGGUGAGUGGAUUCAAUAUUACAGCGUUGGCCAGAAAUGCUGGGGCCCUGCGCAGGUGCUUGAAUUCACUGGACGCAACUACGCUGUGACAUGCAAGCAGGGAUUUGUCCCGCCGUGGAAGCUUCGGAAAUGGAAAGGCGAGAUCACCCGGCCCCAGGGCUGUGUGAUCAGGGGCCGUGGCCGCGGACAAACUGUGAAUUGGGACGAUGAUCGCAACGGAGCGAGCGUCUUCAUAGAGGUUGGCAGCCUGGCAGAACCUGGAAGUGCCAAAAGCUCUACAUCCAUCAGCGCGGGGCACUGCAGCUUUCACUUGCCUGUGGGCCUCCCUGGAACACCCAAAUCGGCUGGCGCGGCUGGCACUGAAGAACGAGUCUCGCACAAGGCCAGUGAAAAUUCGCAGCCAGAGCGAAUUGAAAGCCAGCCAAGCAUGCGUAGCGGUCGUCUUACUGCUGUUCCAGAUCCUGGAAGCAGCAACUACGCUGCAGUUCCUGUUGGAAGCUUUUCCAUGCAGAUGGGUGUUCCUGCUGGGGCGUUCCCUGGGGGCACUGAAGCUAGACCAAUGCGGAAGGCCAGUGAAAAUUCGCAGCCAGAGCGAAUGGAAAGCCAGCCAAGCAUGCGUAGCGGUCGUCUUACUGUUGUUCCAGAUCCUGGAAGCAACAACUACGCUGCAGUUCCUGUUGGAAGCUUUCCCAUGCAGAUGGGUGUUCCUGCUGGGGCGUUCCCUGGGGGCACUGAAGCUAGACCAAUGCGGAAGGCCAGUGAAAAUUCGCAGCCAGAGCGAAUGGAAAGCCAGCCAAGCAUCCGAAGCAACAACUACGCUGCAGUUCCUGUUGGAAGCUUUCCCAUGCAGAUGGGUGUUCCUGCUGGGGCGUUCCCUGGGGGCACUGAAGCUAGACCAAUGCGGAAGGCCAGUGAGAAUUCGCAGCCAGAGCGAAUGGAAAGCCAGAGAAGCGAAGCUGCGCAGAGCACACGCUGCUCCACUGUCAGCGAUUCUGAGGCUGAGAUGUUCCCGGAGGGAUCGCUGGUGGAGUAUCGGAGUCAAUCGAACAACGAGUGCUGGAUGAAAGCAGUUGUGCGUCGAAUUCAUCUUUCCGAUUCGGGCUCCAAGCUCUACGAUCUGAAUAUCAGGGAGAAGGCAGACCCUUCACGCAUCAGGUUGUCGCAGCCACAGCCGCAGCCGAGCAUUCCCCGAAACGAUGGGAAAAUCAGCCUGUGGAUCCGACCUGAUUAG